AUGCUGAUCAAAUAUGCUAAGAUUGACAAGGCGGAGUUCAAUAUAGAUAGCAGUACUUUCUAAUUCUACCUGAAACCCUAUCAUCUGAAGCUUAAGUUUUCGCAUCAGUUGAAAGAAGAGGGUCAAAGCAAUGAGGGAAUAAGUAAUAACAUUCAGCAUUAUGAUGAGGAAAAGGGAGUGCUAAUGUGCAGAGUAGCUAAGUUAAAUGAAGGUGAAGUUUUUGAAGAUCUUGAUCAGCCAUAGAAACUACUUUAUGAUAGUUAGCAAGAUUUCUCAGAGUUUGAGGAAGAAUAUGACGAAUAAACAUUGUAAAUGAUCGAAGCGUAUUACUAAGCGUAAAAGCAAGUAGCUGAAGAUCAUAGUGAUGAUAAAUUAGAAGAAGCAGAGGAGGAAGAAAAGAAAUAAUAAGUAGAACCAGAGGAAGAGGAAAAGCAAGAGAAUAAAACGAAUACCAUUUAAAAUUUGCAUAGAGCUGAGUAUUGCUAUGGCUUCUUAAACAAGUAUUUUGAUAUAUUUGAGGGCAAUGAAGACACACUAAUGGAAGUAGCUGAUUUAAACCCUGCUGAAGUAACUUUAAAGGCAAGAUUAAUGCAUAAAGUUCAAAUAGAGAAUGAUAAAUUUGAUCCAGAGAGAUAUGCCUUUGAUAACUUUGAUGAUGAAGCCAUUGAGCAGGUGUAAGAGUAUCUUAAUCCUGAAUACUCGCUUGAAAAGCAAAUGCAAAAUCUUAAUUUGGAAGAAGAGAAAUCAAAGAAAGAGGGAAAAUACGAUGAUGAGGUUAAUAAAUAAAUUCUAUCAGUCAAACUUGAACAGCCCUCAGAGGAUUAGCAGAAAACUCUCAUGAUUUAAAUGGUCGAUAUACUCUAUGCCUACCUUUAUGAUUUAAGAGUCAAUGGCCAUGAACCAAGUACUGAGACUUCUUGGAAUAUUAUUAAGCUAUCCUCAACACUCUCUAGCUUCAUUGACUAUAGUGUCAUCAAUAACUUUGAUAUGAGAGUAAAGUUCUCCUAGAUAUUUAGUUUAAGAAGAGGUUUAACAUUCACCUUUCUAAGAAGUUAUGAUUUAGCAAAGAAAGUUCAAUAAGAUCUAUUAGAUAUAUUUAAACAAUAAGAAUCAAAAGCUUAGAUUAUGGACUUGCUUUAAUCUGCUACUAAAAUACUUUAGGGUAGAUAUCACUUGUACAACAAGUGUUUUAUGUAUGAGUUGUGCUAUUGGUUCUAGAAUUAUGUAACUUAAGAGGAUUUAAAUGAAUUUGCAACGAUAUUGAUAGAAUAGACUGAAAGCGUCACAAAACAUGAUUUAAAUUUGAAUUUAAUUGAAGUUGAUGAAAUGGCACAGUAGUAUAAAAAUUAGGAAAGCGAUUGA